GCUCAGACAGGCCUGGCCCAUAGCCGCAGGCCCACAUUUGUGGGCCUACAUGGGCCGGGCCCAUGGUUGCAGGCCAGGCUUGUUUGGCAAGAAAGGAUGGGGGAGGACGCGGGUGGCGUACAAGGCCGGGAGAGAUCAACCGCGAGCGCGAAAACGAAGGCGAAAAGGAAAAGGAAAAAGGACUUAUCAGCAGCGGCGGCCGCUUGGUUAGUUUGGAAGCGAGAUCGAUUUGCAGGGGAGGAGGAGCACGAUGCGGCGGUACGACGAGAUGCCGCCGGCGAUGGUGCUGGUGCCGCCGCCCUUCACAUUUCCCGCCGCCGCCGCCCGCACCAGGAUGGCGGUGCCGGCGUACGAGGUCAUGUUCGGGAAGCUCCAGCGGCGGAGCCUGUUUGACGAUUACUUCGAUCAAGUUGGGAGCAUAACCUCAGGGAUGAUUAUGUUGAGGCCACUGGUUGAUUCUCAUGUUGAUUUGACCGCCAAAAUGACUACAACGGGUGGUGAGGCUCUGUUUCGCUGGCAGAGAUAUUUGGAUGAUCCAAAUACCUUUAUGGACCUUCAUUUGUCAACACCAAAACCCAUGGUGCAGCUGAGGUCGUGUGCUUACUAUCCUAAGUAUCGAAUUGGUGCAUUUGGAACAUUCCCUUUACUUAAGGCAAACAGGGACUGUUCAGAAGGAGAUUAUGGUAUUAUGGGUUUAAGAUAUGGUUCAGAGAAUCUGUCUAUUGGGGCAUCCUUUCUGCCGUUUGCUUUAUCUGGUCAAGUACCCUACGGUGCAUGGUUAGUUGGCAGGAAAGGGAAUAUAAGCGCAGGGAUACAAUACAAGCCACUCUCAGGUGAAAGCAUGCAUCCUGUGCCUUUGACAGACUUGAAGAACUGGAAUUGUGCAAUUAGUUAUGGUAUGGGCUCAACUAGCCCACUCAGCCCUUCAUUCAAUUUUUCUCUAGAGCUUGUCAGAAAUACACAGCUAGUUGCAUCGUUCUAUCAGCACUUCGUUGUUCAGAGAAGGGUAAUGAAUCCCCGUGAAGAAGAACACAUUAUCGGAACCACGAACUUUGUUGACUUUGGGCUUGAGUUAGCCACAAGCUUGGAUAAAGACAAGGCGAAAGAAAAUGCUAGCAAUCCCUCAUUCCAGGUAGCUGCAAGUUGGCAGGCUAGUAAGAACUUUCUAGUAAAGGGAAAGUUAGGUCCCUCCAAAUCUUCCAUGGCUUUGGCAAUGAAAUCUUGGUGGAGACCAUUCUUUACAUUUAGCUUCACAGCUAUGUAUGAUCAUUUGAAGGGGACAGGAUCAUAUGGAUUUGGGAUUUCCAUUGAGGAUCUUAAAGAGCCCAGUUAUCAAAUGGCUUAUUCGAACUAUGUGAUUGUCACACAAAACAAAGAGGAUGUGGAACCCCGGUUUUUAAAGAAGCUAGGGAAGAAGUACAUAUUUCAGCCGGACAUUGAUUCAGGCAAUUAUGACAAUUUGCCUACAGGGUUGAAGCCAAUAGACAAGAUAUUGUAACUAUAUUCCAAUAGACAAGAUAUUGUAAUCAUAUAAUUUCCAUUCUUUGGUGUAGGAACUUCAAUAUAGCUUAAUGUCUCGUUUUACUUUUUUUUUAAAAAAAAUACCUGCAUUUUUUUCUCAUAGUGAAUAUUGUGGCAUUUUUCUA